GAACAGAGUACAGGGAAACUCAUUCACUGAAGUACGCACUUCAUCUUCUUUGGGCAGCGAGAGAGAGUAUGGCGAGCCUAGACGUGGAGGCGGUGGACUUCGAGGCGGAGGAAGACGACCUCAUGGACGAAGACUUGGAUGCGGCGGCAGCAGGCUCUCCUCUGGCACCACUUCCCAAGCUCAAGUCUGCCAUCACUGGUGGGGCCUCCUCCUCCACCCCUAAGAAGACCAAAGGCCGUGGUUUCAGAGAAGAGGCUGAUACCGACCGCCAGAAUAGGCUAGCAGCACGCGACUUUGACUCUCUCGAUUCCGAGGGCGGCCCGGGCCCCUUACGAUCCAUUGAGGGAUGGAUUAUAUUGGUAACUGGGGUUCAUGAGGAGGCACAGGAGGAUGAUUUGCAGAAUGCAUUUGGUGAGUUUGGAGAGAUCAGGAAUUUGCACCUAAAUCUUGAUCGCCGCACUGGGUUUGUGAAGGGCUAUGCAUUGAUUGAAUAUGAGAACUUUGAGGAAGCUCGGAAUGCAAUAGCUGCAAUGAAUAGUACAGAACUACUUACGCUGACUAUUAAUGUUGAUUGGGCCUUCAGCAAUGGUCCUAGUAAUGGACCAUACAGGAGAAAGAACAUGAGGUCUGCACGUUCUCAUCGAUCAAGGAGUCCGAGGAGGAGAUACUAGUGUAUGACCAUUGGGGAGGUGAAGGAGAAUGUCGUUGAUGAAAUGCGUUUCGGUUAUUGCUAUGAAAGCUUGCAGCUGGCACUUGUGUGUCACUGGAUUUUCUUAUAUUUUGCUGAGGAUAUCUAACUUCUAUGUGUUCUUUUAUUACAUUGUGCUAAACCGUGGUCUUCCAUAUAUUUUUGAACCUUAAUGGUGGGCUUGUUUUGUUUCUAUUCUAUGACUUGAAAAAAAGUUGUAACAGAAUAGCCUACCUUUCUAUAUAUAUACAUAAUAAUGCUUUUCA